GCGCGGGGCCUGGCCGCCCGCCCGCCCGCCUGUCCCCGGGAGACAUGCUGUUGUUAUGGCGCUGGCAGCCCGGCCCCUGGUUCGCUGACUCUGUGUCUCUCCCUCACUGACCUGCCCGCCCUGGGGCCGCUGCUGAUGGACCUGCUCCGGGAGACAGCGCUUCACACCCACCCAGGGGCCGAGAGAAAUGAUUCACACUCGUAACUUGGAAUAACAGGAUGGGUCUGGACUUUGAUGUGAAAACAUUUUGUCACAACCUCCGAGCGACGAAACCUCCGUAUGAGUGCCCAGUGGAGAGCUGCCGGAAAAUUUAUAAAAGCUACAGCGGCAUUGAGUAUCAUCUGUACCACUAUGAUCAUGACAACCCUGUGCAGCAGACCCCCGCUCGCAAGCCCAAGAAGAAGGGGCGCAGCUCCCGGACAGGGACGCAGCAGUCUCCCAACCCAUCAGAGAUCUCCCAGUCCCCCAGCCGAGAGCUGCUGACCUACGCACAGGCCCAGCGCAUGGUGGAGGUGGACAUUGAAGGGCGGCUGCACAGGAUCAGCAUUUUUGACAACCUGGAGGUGCUGUCGGAGGACGACACCACCGCGGAGGACAUCGUGGAGUGCAAUAGCAACAAGGAGAACACGGAGACCCCCACCCCCACCCCCAAAGCCAACAAGCACAAAAAUAAGGAGAAGAGGAAAGAGUCCAGCCACCACAACCCUAACGCCUCGGCCACCAAACUUCCAGAGGUCAUCUACCGUGAGAUCGACCAUAAUGCGACCGACGCUCCCCCUCGGCCCUCCUCCUAUUACCGCUACAUUGAGAAGUCGGUGGAGGAGCUGGACGAGGAGGUGGAGUACGACAUGGACGAGGAGGACUAUGUGUGGCUGGACAUAAUGAACGAGAAAAGGAAAAACGAAGGGGUGAAUUUUAUCCCGCAGGAGGUGUUUGAGUACCUGAUGGACCGGCUGGAGAAGGAGUCGUACUUUGAGAGCCACAACAAGGGCGAUCCCAACACGCUGAUCGACGAGGAUGCCGUGUGCUGUAUCUGCAACGACGGCGAGUGCCAGAACAGCAACGUCAUUCUCUUCUGUGACAUGUGCAACUUAGCGGUGCACCAGGAGUGCUAUGGGGUGCCUUAUAUCCCCGAGGGGCAGUGGCUGUGCCGCAGGUGCCUCCAGUCGCCCUCGAGAGCAGUGGACUGUGCGCUGUGCCCUAACAAGGGUGGCGCCUUCAAGCAGACAGACGACGGGCGCUGGGCGCACGUAGUGUGUGCCCUGUGGAUCCCUGAGGUCUGCUUUGCCAACACUGUGUUCCUGGAGCCCAUCGAUAGCAUUGAGCACAUCCCGCCCGCACGGUGGAAACUGACGUGUUAUAUCUGUAAGCAGCGUGGCUCGGGGGCUUGCAUCCAGUGCCACAAGGCUAACUGCUACACUGCUUUCCACGUGACCUGCGCACAGCAGGCUGGGCUCUACAUGAAAAUGGAGCCUGUAAGGGAGACAGGGGCCAACGGGACCUCGUUCAGCGUGCGUAAGACGGCAUACUGUGACAUUCAUACGCCGCCCGGCUCGAUACGCAAACCACCCGCCCUCUCGCACAGUGAGGGGGAGGAAGAGGAGGACGACGAAGGCGAGGAUGGGAAGGGGCCAAAUUCGGAGAAAGUGAAAAAGGCAAAGGCCAAGUCGCGCCUGAAGAUGAAGAAGGCACGCAAGAUCCUGGCAGAAAAGCGGGCGGCUGCGCCCGUGGUCUCGGUGCCGUGUAUACCACCUCACAGGCUGAGUAAGAUCACGGGCGGACUGUCCAUUCAGCGCAAGAGCCAGUUCAUGCAGCGACUGCACAGCUAUUGGACUUUAAAGCGACAGUCCCGCAACGGCGUGCCGCUCCUUCGGAGGUUACAGUCCCACCUGCAGUCUCAGCGAAACGCAGAACAGCGGGAGUCUGAAGAGAAAAAUUGUGCAUUGAAGGAGCAGCUGAAGUCGUGGCAGCGAUUACGGCACGAUUUGGAAAGGGCACGACUGCUGGUGGAGCUGAUUCGCAAGCGGGAAAAGUUGAAGAGAGAGGAGAUUAAAAUACAGCAGUUUGCUAUGGAGAUGCAGCUGACGCCCUUCCUUAUCCUUCUUCGCAAGACCCUGGAGCAGCUUCAGGAAAAGGACACGGGGAACAUCUUUGGCGAGCCCGUACCCCUGAAGGAGGUUCCAGAUUACUUGGAUCACAUUAAGAAACCAAUGGACUUCAAGACCAUGAAACAGCAGCUGGAGGAGCACCUAUAUCGGACGUUUGAUGAGUUUGAAGAGGAUUUUAAUGUGAUUGUGAAAAACUGUUUACAAUACAACGCCAAGGAUACUAUAUUCUACCGCGCAGCCAUCCGUCUCCGAGACCAGGGUGGUGUGGUGCUGAAGCACGCCCGCAGGCAGGCAGAGAAAAUCAGCUUUGACUGUGAUACCGGGAUGCACACACCUGAACUGGUGGCACCAGACAACUCUGGGCAGCUAUUCUGGGAAGAAGAAGUGGAUCGGCUGCUGGUCCCCGAGAACCGAUCGCACUUGCCGCUGGAGGAGCAGCUGAAGAUUCUCCUGGAGAAGCUCGAGACGAUGGGCUCGGUCAAACAGAACAGCGGGCGCUCACGGCGAGCCAAACUACUGCGUAAGGAGAUCACCAUGAUCCGACGGAAGCUCGGGCAGCACAGAGAGCCAAGCCUGGGAUCAGACCGGCACGGCGCUCCGGGAAGGGGAUGCGUUCCGGGAAUGAACCCCUCCAUUAAAGACGGACAGACGGACAGUGCAGCUGAGGAAAGCAGCUGUCAUGAGACAGGGAAAGGGCUCGGCACCACCUCCUCAGCCUCGGCGGCAGAAGUCGGGAGACGGACAAAGUUUCUGUUCACGGCAAAGUCCAAGAACAAGUGUAUCGGCUUACAUAAGCGGCCAGGCCGCCCACCCAAGAACCGUGAGGCCCAGGUUAUCCCGAGCCAGGGUGUGGGCACCACCAACCCUGCGGCUCCACAAACCCCAAGCCGCUGCAGCCAGUCCAGGAAGAGAGGCCGCAGCUCCAGCACCAGCUCAGAAAGCGACAGCGACAAGUCAGCAGGGGGAGACGCUCACAUUGGACUGCCAACCAAUGGCUUUGAUGGAGGCAGCCAGCCUGUGAACGAGAGUUUCCGAGUUUACCGGAACGAGCGAAGUCUCCCGAGAAGCAGCUCCGACACCGAGUCCAGUUCCAGCACCAGCAGCAGCGCCGCAUCCGACCGCACCAGCACAACCCCGUCAAAGCAGGGUCGAGGGAAACCCUCUUUUUCCCGGGUGAAUUUCCAUGAAGACAGCAGUGAAGACACUUCCUGUACAGAGAAUGAAUCCUAUAAUGUUGGUUCCAGCCGGCAUGGGCACAGUGUGCGUAAGGGGCUGGGUCGUUCCACAGGCUGGUUGUCAGAUGAUGAAGACAGUCCCUUGGAGGCUCUGGAUCUGGUCUGGGCAAAGUGUAGGGGUUACCCAUCUUACCCAGCUCUGAUAAUUGAUCCGAAGAUGCCUCGGGAAGGACUGUAUCAUCAUGGUGUUCCUAUCCCUGUUCCGCCACUGGAUGUCCUCAAACUGGGAGAGCAAAUGACAGUAGAAGCUCGCGAACAUCUCUACCUCGUUCUUUUCUUUGACAACAAGAGGACCUGGCAAUGGCUCCCUCGAACGAAGCUGGUUCCUCUAGGUGUGGACCAGACCAUGGAUAAAAUGAAGAUGUUGGAAGGAAGGAAGUCAAACAUCAGGAAGUCUGUGCAGAUCGCUUACCACCGGGCCAUGCAGCAUCGGAGUAAGACUCAAGGAAGAGAGUUGCUGACAGGACCGUAUCUGCCAGAGAAACAUCUACACCCGUGGCACACAGCGGAAGAAAACUCUGACAUUCAAUUUAAUUCUUUUCCACCUAACGAGGUACAGAUAGGACCGAGUGUCUCAUUGCUGUCCUGAGGUCUCACUGCUAUACUAAAUGCCUUUUACCAUCCUGACUGGAUACAUUACCAGAGAAACUCAUCCAGGACAGUAAACAACUGCUCUUGAGUUAGUGCUCUCGAAAGCAAAGUAGUCACGGACACUAAUUAGCAGGAAGAUGGUGUUUUUAUUCUGUUGAUCAUGUACCUAAUAACUGACUUGACUUCCUAUAAUUAUUCAGUUCCAAUCAUUUUGUAUUGCCUUGAUCUGUACCGAGUGUUCUGUGUGUGGGGCUGCACAGAUACCCCCUCCAUGUGAGUGCGGUGCAACCACCCCUUUUUAUAUGUGAAGUUUGAAUAAAUAAAGUGCUGUUUGUCUA